GAUCACACAGCUAGUGCUGGGGAGGGUAUUAGGGAGUCCUGAGGAUUGGAGUCCCCUGGGGCCAGUUGGCUCCAGUGUCUAUGGUUUUAACCCUAGCCACAGCUGCUUCUGUGUUGGGGUCAGGGUUCCUGCACAGGCUGGACUGGCCUGAGUUAGAAGUCAGGAAGAGAAAAAGGAUGCACCUUGAGCAUUCUUCCUUCCUGAUUGAGUCUUCCAACACCGGCAAGAAAGGCGGGCACCACUGUAACCCUGUUUCCCAAGGAGGUGGCAGAGACGUGAUGAGAUUUGCCAGUCUCAUAGCCAGCAAGCAGCAGCCCCGGCCCUUCGACACCCAGCUCUGCACACACUGCCUCUGCAGCAAGAUGGGAGAAGGUAUGUGAAACUCACUUGGACCUGGGCCUAGCGGAGAGGCAGGGAAGCUGAAAUGAAGUUAGAACUGGGAGGGCCUGCCCACCAUGCCCUUCACAGUUCCAGGAGGAGAGCUUCCAUGCCUGGAGUAAGUUCAUUCUAUGCCAGGCUCUGGACUAAACAUUUUUACAUUCAACACUUCUGAGUUUUUCACACAAGGCACAGACAGGCUAACUGUCCAAGGUCACUCAAGUAGUGAGGGAAAUGGGAUUUGAACCCAGGCAGUCUGGCCAUGGCUGAGGCGCCGAGAGGAGUGGUGAGUAGCCCAGGGUCAUGCAGUCACAGCUCCAGAGCUAGGAGCUGCUGGCUCCCUUCCAACCCAGGAAAAGUAGUAACACCUCACUACUAGCCAACUGGGGGCGGAGCAGAGGUGGAGCCAGGGAGACCCAGGUGGCCUCUCAGAACCAGAGCACAGGUGGCAGAGUGGCCUGGAGCAGCAUGAAGCAGAGCUGGGGACCAGGGCUGCUCAUUCUGGGAGCGGUGGUCCUCACAGAGGCGUGUGGGCAGCGCGGCCCUGGCCCCCCUGAGCCCCAGGAAGGCAACACGGUGCCUGGCGAGUGGCCAUGGCAGGCCAGUGUGAGGAGGCAGGGGGUCCACAUCUGCAGUGGGUCCCUGGUGGCAGACACCUGGGUCCUCACCGCUGCCCACUGCUUUGAAAAGGAAGCAGUGACAGAACUGAACUCCUGGUCAGUUGUCGUGGGUUCUCUGCAGCGUGAGGGGCUGAGCCCAGGGGCUGAAGAGGUGGGGGUGACUGCUCUGCAGUUGCCCAGGGCCUAUAACCACUACAGCCAGGGCUCAGACCUGGCCCUGCUGCGGCUCGCCCAACCCACGGCCCACACACCUCUCUGCUUGCCCCAACCUGCCCAUCGCUUCCCUUUUGGGAUCUCUUGCUGGGCCACUGGCUGGGACCAGGACACCAGCGAUGCUCCCACAACUCUACGGAAUCUGCGCCUGCGUCUUAUCAGCCGCCCCACGUGUAACUGUCUCUACAACCGGCUGCACCAGCGGCUGUUGGCCAGCCCAGCCCGGCCUGGGAUGCUGUGUGGGGGUCCCCAGCCUGGGGUGCAGGGGCCCUGUCAGGGAGAUUCCGGGGGCCCCGUGAUGUGCCGCGAGCCUGAGGGACAGUGGGUUCAGGCUGGGAUCAUCAGCUUUGCAUCAAACUGUGCCCAGGAAGACACUCCUGUGCUGCUAACCAACAUGGCUGCUCACAGCUCCUGGCUGCAGGCUCGAGCUCAGGGGGCAGCCUUCCUGGCCCAAAACCCAGAGACCCUAGAGAUCAGUGAUGAGGACAGCUGUGUAGCCUGUGGCUCCUUGAGGAGAGAAGGUCCCCAGGCAGGAGCCCCCUCUGCAUGGCCCUGGGAUGCCAAGCUGAAGCACCAAGGGAGGCUCGCCUGUGGCGGAGCCCUGGUAUCAGAGGAGGUGGUGCUGACUGCUGCCCACUGCUUCAUUGGGCGCCAGACCCCAGAGGAAUGGAGUGUAGUGCUGGGGGCCGGACCAGAGGAGCGGCGCCUGAAGCAACUCAUCCUGCAUGGGGCUUAUACCCACCCGGAGGGGGGCUAUGAUGUCGCCCUCCUGCUGCUGGCGCAGCCUGUGACACUGGGCCCCAGCCUGCGGCCCCUCUGCCUGCCUUACGCUGACCACCGCCUACCUGAUGGGGAACGUGGCUGGGUCCUGGGGCUGGCCCAAGGAGCAGGCACCAGCUCCCUUCAGACAGUGCCUGUGACCCUCUUGGGCCCCAGGGCCUGCAGCCGGCUGCAUGCAGCCCUUGGGAGCGAUGGCAUCACCAUUCUGCCAGGGAUGGUGUGUACCAGUGUUGUGGGUGAGCCGCCCCGCUGUGAGGGCCUGUCUGGGGCACCACUGGUGCACGAGGUGAGGGGCACAUGGUUCCUGGCUGGGCUACACAGCUUUGGAGAUGCCUGCCAAGGCCCUGCAAGGCCUGCGGUCUUCGCAGCACUCCCCACCUAUGAGAACUGGGUCAGCAGUUUGGACUGGCAGGUCUACUUCGCCAAGGAGCCGGAGCCAGAGGCUGAGACUGGAAGCUGCCCGGCCAACAUGAGGCAACCAGCCGGCUGUUGACAAGUGGCUCUGGGAUGCUGCAAACACAGUGAGGCAAUUCCUGCGUCACUGCCCCUGCCCCUCUCCCAUUCCCUCCACCCACACGAUUCCAGGCACUUGGGCAGGCCCAAUAGCCCAGGAGGCUCUGGGAAGGAGCCUGCCUGGACCACCACCUGCUCCCACGCCCCACCCUGCAGGACAGGGAGAUGUCACCUGUGGAAGUUCCCCCACACCCAACUCUGCUGUCUGACGCACGCGUCCCCAGCUAUUCUUCAUCCCCUUGGAUACA